AUGCGAAGCUAUUGUCUGUCUCCUCACUUACUUGACUCUUUGUUCACUCAGACCCGAUAUGUUACGCUGCGCUUUUCGGUCCUUCACUCCCCUGCGCAGCACCAGUUGAACCAAUACCGCGCGAUAUUUUCAUCGGGUGAUCUGGUUACUAGAAAGGUGCCUGUUAUCAUUGGUAACCCAGGAGAAACCUACGUUUUGAUUGAUCCAGGUGUUGGCAGUGCACUCUGCGCUGCUAGCCCCUUUACUUCUGCUUCUGCUGCUAUUUCCGAAGACAGAUGUAAACUCACUUAUUUUCAUGAUUCGCAGCACUUUGGUUUGGGUAAGAUUGUCAAGCUACCCCGACUCUAUGUCCCUCAAUAA